AGGAAACUCAGUUACAAUCUCCAUCUAUUCUGAGUUCUCCCUCCACGUGCUCCUCUAUUUAAUGUUUUGGUUGCCCUGGUUACAGAGGCGUUGCUACACUAAAGGGAGGGGAGAUUGUGUCUGUAGCAACGCUGAUUAGCAAAACAAUGUAGUGUGGUGUGAAUUAGCACUUCAUUGUCGGCCCGUGACCUCCGCAGAGUUUGUCCAUCUGUUCUUCUCCAGUUGUUGGCCGAGUCGUCCGCGAGUGAGAUCAGAUAACUUCAAUUGCCGCUUUCCUGUGGAACAAUGCAACUAGACCUUUGCUAGAUUUUAUCUACUUAGUAAAUUAACACGCAAUAACAAUGAGUGACUUGUCCUAAACACUUGAACAAACAUUGAGUAAAUAUGGGAUAACUUGUAUGCAACCACUUCAACCUGUGUUUAACACUUAAUAAAGACAAACAGUUCUGACCAACAACAAUCUAUGAACCAAACCUACAGUUAACUAAAAGGAAUGAAGUUUCUUUCAACCAAAUAAGAACAUUUCGCCUAUGCAAAUAAGCUCUGCUCAUUGUUAGUGAAGGCCUCUUACAGGAACAAAAACACACAGAUAACAUAAGGACAGGAAGGAUACAUAUGGCUGACAGGGAUCAAAAGACAUCCCUGUCACUAAAAAGAAAGAACCUAGAUAAAAGGAAAGCCAUAAACUCGUAACUGACAAGGCUUUACUUAAAUUAUUCCAACACUUGGUCUGAGGAAAUAUUCAAAUUUUUUGAGAUAGGAUUUUUGAGUCUUCUUAAGCUGUAAGCCAUAGUCAGCAAUAUUAAAAUAAUAAAAGGCUUGCAAUAUUUCAGUUGAUUUGUAAUGAGUCCAGAAUGUAUGACAUUUUUGUUUUUUAAUUGCAUUAAUGAAAAUAAAGAACAAUCACAACGUUCUAAUUUUCUGAGACAGUCCUGUAUAUUUGAACAAAAUGUCAAGCUCACCAUAUCAGGCAGCAUACAGUGCCUACAACGCAUCGGUCGACUCUCAGCGCCUCUCUUGUGCUCACUCUAUGCUUUUGCUUUGGCUUGCAACUUCAUAACACUUGCUCUCCCAAUUUGGCGCCGCUCGCAGCUCACAGCUCUGUUGCCGGCGCAGCAGCAGCUCCUGUUGCAGCAGGCCCAGGCUCAGCUGCUGGCCGCCGCCGUGCAGCAGUCCAAUGCCGCUCACGCUGCCCACGCUGCUCACGCUGCCGCUCAGGCCACACAGCAAGCUCAGGCCGCUGCAGCCAAUCAGCAGGCCCACAAGCAUCAGCAGCAGCACCUGCAGCUUGAGGCGGGACAAACAGGCCAGAAGGCGCAGGGAAAGAGCACACAGGAACACACUACCCAAAACGUCCCUGCCCCACCUCCUCCGCCCCAGCUUGCCCUCUCUCAGCCAAUCCAGCUCACCGCCCAGGACAUCCAGCAGUUGCUGCAGCUCCAGCAGCUGGUGUUGGUGCCAGGCCACUCGCUGCCGUCGCCUGGCUCGUUUCUCCUCCCGCAAGCGCAGCAGAGCCAGCAAGGACUCCUGUCGACACCAAAUCUUAUUCCGCUACCUCAAGUCAACCAAGGGAGCCUGCUGUCCGCUCAAAGUCGAAUGGGACUGCCAGCACAGCGAGACAAGAGCCUGGAGGCGAGUGGCGGCUUGAGCUCGGCGGCCGCCGUGCCCUCUCACCCCGAGGAGCCCAGCGACCUGGAGGAGCUGGAGCAGUUUGCUCGCACCUUCAAACAGAGACGCAUCAAGCUGGGCUUCACGCAGGGCGAUGUGGGCCUGGCCAUGGGAAAGUUGUAUGGUAAUGACUUCAGCCAGACCACCAUCUCCCGCUUCGAGGCCCUCAACCUGAGCUUCAAGAACAUGUGCAAGCUGAAGCCGCUGCUGGAGAAGUGGCUUAACGACGCAGAGACCAUGUCCAUUGACAGCACCCUUCCCAGCCCCAGCUCGCUGUCAUCGUCCUCACUGGGCUUCGACGGCAUGCCCGGCCGCCGCAGGAAGAAGAGAACCAGCAUCGAGACCAACGUACGCGUUGCCCUGGAGCGCGCCUUCUUGACGAACCAGAAGCCUACCUCAGAGGAGAUCCUGCUGAUCGCCGAGCAGCUCAACAUGGAGAAGGAGGUGAUCCGUGUGUGGUUCUGCAACCGCCGGCAGAAGGAGAAGCGCAUCAACCCCAGCAGUUCCACCCCACCCCUGCCCAGCCAGCCUGCCAGCGCCCCGUCCUCCCACAAGCCCGCCUGUUACAGCCCCCACUUGAUGAGCAACCAGCUUUCCCAGGCCGCGAGCGGUCUCGGAAGUGCGACGGCCACUGCCGUGUCCCCUGUCUGCCCCCUGACCUCCAGCCUGGCCUCCAGCCUCACCUCUAGCUCCACCCCCUCCCCGGUCACGCCUCCUCCGGCUCCUCCGCGCAGCACGGCCAGCGGCAUCAAUCUCAAUGCUAGCUUGUGGCGUGUGGGCAAGAAGAACGGCGAGGUGUCGAGCUACAUCAGCGACUUUGCCGCCAACUUGAGGAACACUGUGAUGGGCGUUAACACUGGGAUGAACCAAGCCCUCCUCGCUAACAAUCCCCUGGCCACUAUUCAAGCCCUGGCAGCCCGUGGUGGCCAGCUGCCUCUUUCCAGUCUUGAGGGCGGCGGCAAGAUGAUGCUGGGGGCGUCGGGUGGCCAGGGCGGCGGCCUGGCUGCAUCGCUCUUCCUCAACCACCCGGCGCUCCUCCACAUGGGCCAGAGCCUGGGCGCCGGCCUGCUGAACGCGGCCUCGCGCCCUUCUCCCUUCGUCCCCUCGGCCAGCAGCAUCAGCCCGACCCUCUGCUCGCCCUCGCCCUGCUCCAGCCCCGCCUCCUCUUGCUCAUCCAGCGAAAUGGCACACAGCCCCAAGAUGGAGUGACGGCGGCGGGCGGGCGGCCGGCCAAUCAGAAAGAAGCAAGGAAGCGGGCAACUCUAGCCUUUCACACCAAAGCUAGCUCUUCCUCUCUCUUGCACUCUUCUUCUUCUCCCGGCCCUUUUUGUCCUUCCCUCCCGCGCUUUCCAAUGCCAAAACCCCCCACAGAAUGGAAGAGGAGGGAAGGGAGGGGUGCAGGAAGGGGAAGACCAAAACCAAAAAUCUUUAUUGUUUGUUUGUUUGUUUGUUUGUUUUGUCAGCAUCAGCAUGGCACCUCGAGACUCUGAGCAAGAGAAGAUGAGCGGCGAGGCCUGCCAACCGGUGUCUAAACCAAAAAUGACAAAAGAAGACGAAGGAGGACUUUCAAAAGUAUUUAUUUUGCGUGUCUACGUAACGAGGAAAGCGAAAGAGGAGUGUUUGAAACCAAAAAUAUACCCGAGGAGGAGGAGGAGGACGAACACACAAAAAGUGACAACCAUACCAAAAUCUCAAAUACCAAAAAGUACGGAGAGAAAAGCUUUAUUCCACGGACAUGUAAAUAAAUUGUCAAGCUAU